AUGGCAAACGACGAUCCUAAUAAGCCCCCAACGGUACCAAGUGGGUGGCUUGCAAAGUUUGAUGAUAAAUACAAGACUUGGUUCUACGUUGACUUAUCGACAAAGAAGUCACAAUGGGAGGCUCCCAAAGGAACCGUGUUUGAUAAAGCCGAUGAUGUCCCACCUCCUGCUUACAGUCCCACCACAUCUAAAGCAGAAACUGUAUCACCAACCACUUCAAAACUGAAUGUUCCUGCAAAAGAUGAGCAAAACAAAGGAUUGUUCAACCGUCAUCAUCAGCAACAACCUGGCUACGGUGGUGGUGCUGCUGCUGCUGGAAGUAUUCCGCCACGAACCCAAUAUCCUGCACAACCUGGCUACGGUGGCUUCCCUCCCCAACAAGCGUAUGGGGGUUACCCUCCUCAAGGCUACGGGGGUUAUCCUCCUCAAGGCUAUGGUGGGUAUCCACCUCAAGGUUAUGGAGGAUACCCACCACAACAAGCACAAAGAAGUAGAUUUGGUGGUGGAGCAGGUAACAUGGCAUUGGGAGUUGGUGGUGGUUUACUAGGAGGUAUGCUUCUUGGAAAUGCCAUGAAUGACUGGGGCGAUAGCGAGAGAAUGGAAGGGUACCAAGACGGCUACCAAGAUGGUUUCGAUAAUGGUGGCGGUGACUUUGAUGGUGGUGACUUUGGUGGUGGUGAUUUCUAA